AGGGAGGUGUUGUAUUUCCACAGCAUAUUCCAAACUUCACGCGGUUCUAAAGAAGCAAAGAUUUUUUCAUAGAACCCCCAACACGCCCUUUUCAUUCUCUUUUCUUAAACAACAAUCUAUAAUUAAUUAUUUUCAUUCUAUUUUCAGGUUCUAACUUCUUUUUUCUUACCCAACUUCAGUAUGGUGAAACCCAAUGAAACUGGGUGUCAGUCAAUAGCACCGUUUCUAAGAAAAUGUUAUGAAAUGGUAGAUGAUGAGGCUACCAAUUCAAUAAUUUCAUGGACCCAAAAUAAUGAUAGCUUUGUAAUCUGGGAUAUGACUGAAUUUUCAGUUCGUUUGCUUCCUCAGUACUUCAAGCACAGCAAUUUCUCUUCUUUCAUCAGGCAACUCAAUAUUUAUGGUUUUAGAAAAAUUGAUACCGAUCGUUGGGAAUUUGCAAAUGAUGGAUUUGUCAGAGGUCAAAAAGACUUGCUGAAGAAUAUUGCUAGGCGGAAAUACUCUCAGGGACCUGAGCAGCGUAAGUCUCUGCAGCAGCAACAGCAGCCGGAGAACUCUGUUGGAUCAUUCGAAAACAAUGAAAAUAAUAGGCUGUGGAAUGAGGUUGAAAAUUUGAAGACCGAUAAGAAUGCUCUUACGCAGGAAUUAGUUAAACUUGGGCAGUACCAGCAGAUUGCGGACAAUAAGUUGCUUCUCUUGAAGGAUCGUCUUCAAGGAAUGGAGAAAAGUCAGCAACAGUUGUUGUCAUUCUUAAUAAUGGCGAUGCAAAGCCCGGGAUUUUUGGUCCAACUGAUUCAACCGAAAGAAAAUAAUUGGCGCAUGACUGAAGCAAACAAUAUGCUAGAACAAGUUUCAGAGGACACUGAACCAGUGGCUUCUGAGCAUAUGAUAGUCCGGUAUCAGCCACCAACGAUCGAAACUUCAAAGCCUGUAUUGACACCAAUAAUAGAUUCUGAAAAUCCUCAUGAAUCUGAAACCAAAGAUUUUUGGAUGGAUAUUGAUUUUGUUAAAGCGCUUAUGGAUGAAAGUCACACACCAUUCCUUCCUCCGGAUUUGCACGAUGAUGGUGCAUGGGAAAAGCUUCUUGCAAACGAUUUUCAGGGGAAUAAUGAUGAUGAUGGAAAUCGAGAUGAAGACGGAUCCCUUUACUCUGGUAUGGGAAUGGAGAUAACAGGCUCUGGAGCUCUUUUGGAAAAAACUUGUAGUUUCGAGCUUUUACUACAAAAUUAUGAGGAAAUCACAAAAAGUGGAGAUUGAACCAACUGGUAAAUGGAUGGCAAUUGCAGAUAUCUCAGAACUUAGAACUUCUGAAAGAACAUAUGAAUGUGUCUGAUACAAGUUAUGUUCAAAUUUUGUUUAAUUUUGUUCAUAUCUUUGAAGAAUCAUAUUUCUAUAUUGGUGUUCAAAUAUGUACCGGACACAGUUUUAAACAAAUAUUUGAAGAAAAGUAAAAUUUCGAAUAGCCGCGCA